CAGUGUCGACGCAUAUUUGGUGUGGCCAAUCGUUCUUGUUGCUGCAUUGAAAAUCCAGAGGUGUGUGUCCGCUUUCUCAGGAGAGGUUCUGCGUGAUUAUUAUCAGUCAGUCGCUAGAUUUCUGAAGGAGUGAAAAUGGCCCAAAUCGUGACCCCCCAGCCUGGUGCAACUGUUGUAGUUACACAAACUCAAGUUCUGAGGGACUGGAAUUCAGGAUUGCUUUCCUGCUUCGAUGAUAUUGGAAGCUGCCUGACCGGCUGGUGCUGCCCCUGCUUUUUGUUGUACAGCAUCUCAUCUCGUAUGGGUGAGGGGUGCCUGUAUGCCUAUUGCUGCUCCGAGAUUGCUCCAUUCACUCUGAGGGCCAAACUACGAACCGAGCAGCACAUCCAGGGAUCCCUUUGCAACGAUGCACUCACUAUCAUGUGUUGCCCUACUUGUGCCCUGUGUCAGAUGGCUCGUGAGCUUAACUGCGUCGGCAAGUAGAGUGGAGUACUUCUGGAGAACAUCAACGAAGAUAUGCAUGUUCAAUUAUCUUGUGUAGCCUUUUUUGGCGUUUUUCUUUUAAACUUAUACUUUGAAUCUUUCAUCAGUCAGUGCGAAGCAUAGGACUUUGUAUUUUCGUGUAGGCUUUUGUUAGGCGUGAUUGUUUGUAUUUUUAGCUGGUCGUAAUUUCUUUGAUGACGUGCAGGGCGCGUGUGCUUGGGUGAUUUUCAUUCGGUUUUACAGUACCACGCCGGCGCGUUAGAUCAUACAUUCAGCACGAUUACAAAUUUGUGUUCAAUUAUUUUGUGUGGCCUUUUUUGGCGUUUUUCUUUUAAACCUAUACUUUGAAUAUUUUAUCAGUCAAUGUCAAACAUAUGACUUUGUAAUUUCGUGUAGGCUUUUGUUAGGCGGGAUUAUUUGUAUUUUUGCUAGUCUUAUUUUCUUUGAUGACGUGCAGGGCGCGUGUGCUUGUGUGGUUUUCAUUCGGUUUCACAGUAACACGCCGGCGCGUUAGAUCAUAUAUUCAGUACGAUCACAAAUUGUAACCAGCUAAUACAAAACCGUAAUCAUUAAAGUGUUCUGAUCUUUUCA